CCCUGAACACGGCCCCCGAUAGCCCUCCCCGGAGGUCUGAGCUUGUCUCUGGGGUGCGCCAGCCUCUUGUUGGUGCGUGGAGUGAGGUGUGUAGUGCCAUUGGGGCCAAGAGGGUAAUUGGGGCAACUGCCAACUUGAAACUGCCUGUUGGUGAGCAGAACGAGAUGGGGCAGGGGGACGGACCUCGCCCCCUGUCCUCGACACCGCGUCGGCUGGACAUCGCUGGAGAAAGCAGCGAUGGAGAGGCUGACCUUUCCAUGGAAAGCCUAGCUGAAAGCAGCAUGGUUACUCCGACCCUGGCCCAAAGAAAGGUUAGGCAGUGGAUCUCUGGACGGGUGACGGCCGGCUCCACGCCCUCCAGCUCCCCGUCCCCAUCACCAGGCCCCUCCACCUCGGGGGACUGGACUCCUACGCAGAUGGACCGGGCCUCACCCCUGCGGGGGACCCACGGCAAGUUCAUCUCUCCCCUCUCCAGAGGGGAAUCUGGCCCCUCCGAUCAGACCCCUGUCCGGCUGCACAAGCAUGCAGACAUGGCGGAGCUAGCUAAGCAUGAAGCAGAGAUCGAGCAUCGCUCGAUAGCCCUCAAGCGCGAAGGCUACUGGUCCCUGAAGCGUUUGAACCGCGUGACGGAGCCCAUCCGGCCCAAGGUGCACUGGGACUACCUGUGCGAAGAGAUGCAGUGGCUCUCCGCUGACUUCGCCCAGGAGAGGAGGUGGAAGCGAGGCGUAGCCCGAAAAGUGGUGCGGAUGGUCAUGCGGUAUCACGAGGAGCUGCGGCAGAAGGAGGAGCGGGGCAAGCGAGAGGAGCAGGCAAAAAUCCGGAGGGUCGCCUCCUCCAUCGCCAAGGAGGUGCGAGCCUUCUGGACCAACGUGGAAAAGGUGGUCCAGUACAAGCAACAGUCUCGACUGGAGGAGAAGAGGAAGAAGGCUCUGGACCUGCAGCUGGACUUCAUUGUGGGUCAAACCGAGCGCUACUCGGACCUCCUCAGCCAAUCGCUGGCGGCUACGCCUGCCGCCAACAGUGAAACCCCCACCUCUCCUCCAAAACCCUCCACACAACAAGUCACUGAUGAGGAUGACCAUGACUUUGAGCCACCGUGUGAGGAAGAGGAUGAUGAGGAGACCCUUGAUGUGGAAGAGCAGCAGGAGGGGAAUGACGCUGAGUCGCAGAGGCGGGAGAUCGAGCUGCUGAGGGAGGAGGGCUUGCUGCCCCUUGAACAACUGCUCAACACCAUCUCCUACCCUCCGCCCUCUGCUUCAGACGACGAGUGCUCAGACAGCUCCUCAUCUGUGGUUGAGGAUGAAGACGGGGAGUUCACAGCCAAUGAGGAAGAUGCUGAAGACGAAGAGGAGACGAUAGAAGCACAGGAAGCAGUUGAAGGUGAUGGCAACCAUGAUGAAGAGUUGGACGACCUAACCAAAGAAGGCGAGAUGAGCAUGGAGGAUCUGCUGGAGAAGUAUAAGGGGGCAUAUGCCUCUGAUUUUGAGGAGCCCUCUGCAUCUGCGUCGCCCGGCACCUCUGAGGAGGAGGAGAGCACGGAGGAAGAGGAGGAGGAAGAGAGCGAGGGUGAUGACAGCGAUGACGAGACCAACAGCUCUUCAGCCUCCUCAGAAGCAGUUAACACAGAUGACGAGGUCAUAGAGGAGGAGGAUGAAGAGGAAGAGGUAGCUGAUGACGACGGCGAUGAAGAUGACGAUGAUCCUGAAGAGGGUAUGGAGGCUCUGCUGAAGGAGGGCGACCACAGCCCUCCGCUGCCCACCUCUCCCCGGCCCAAGAAGGAGAUCAGCCACAUUGCUGCCACAGCGGAGAGCCUCCAGCCAAAAGGAUACACACUGGCCACCACUAAGGUGAAAACUCCCAUCCCCUUUUUGCUGCAUGGCACGCUGCGCGAGUACCAACACAUUGGGCUUGACUGGCUGGUCACCAUGUAUGAGAAGAAGCUUAACGGCAUCCUGGCAGAUGAAAUGGGCCUCGGCAAAACCAUCCAGACCAUCGCACUGCUGGCUCACCUUGCUUGUGAGAAAGAUUUUACAGGAAACUGGGGACCCCAUUUAAUCAUUGUGCCCACCAGUGUGAUGCUGAACUGGGAAAUGGAGCUCAAACGCUGGUGUCCUGGGUUCAAGAUCCUCACCUACUACGGCAGCCAGAAAGAGCGCAAACUCAAGAGACAGGGUUGGACCAAGCCAAAUGCUUUCCAUGUAUGUAUCACCUCUUAUAAGCUGGUGCUGCAGGACCAUCAGGCAUUCAGGCGCAAGUCCUGGCGGUACCUGAUCUUGGACGAGGCCCAGAACAUCAAAAACUUCAAGUCACAGCGCUGGCAGAGUCUGCUCAACUUCAAUAGCCACCGACGCCUGCUCCUGACAGGAACGCCCCUGCAGAACAGCCUGAUGGAGUUGUGGUCGCUCAUGCAUUUCCUCAUGCCGCACGUCUUCCAGUCCCACCGCGAGUUCAAGGAGUGGUUCUCCAACCCGCUGACUGGCAUGAUCGAGGGCAGCCAGGAGUACAACGAGGGCCUGGUCAAGAGACUUCACAAGGUGCUCAGGCCCUUCCUGCUGCGCCGUGUCAAGGUGGACGUGGAGAAGCAGAUGCCCAAGAAGUACGAGCACGUGGUGCGCUGCCGUCUCUCCAUGAGACAGCGCUUCCUCUACGACGACUUCAUGGCCCAGGCCUCGACGAGAGAGACUCUGGCAAGCGGUCACUUCAUGUCUGUGAUCAACAUUCUGAUGCAGCUGAGGAAGGUGUGCAACCACCCCAACCUGUUUGACCCUCGGCCCAUCCAGUCGCCCUUCAUCACCAAGCCCAUCAUCUUCAGCACCGCCUCCAUCGUACAGGAAGCCGUGGAGAUGUCACCCUUUGAGCGGUGUGACCUGUCCAUGUUUGACCUGGUGGGGCUGGAGAGUCGUGUGUCCCGUUACCAGGCCGACAUCUUCCUGCCUCGCCGGAAGGUCACUGCUCCGCUGGUGCAGGAGAUCAUGGACUCCCCUGAGCCGCUGCCACGUCCCAGACCUGUGCGAAUGAAGGUCAAUAGAAUGUUCCAGCCCAUGCCCAAAACUGAAGGACGUGCGUCUAUAACGGUGAACAACCCCAGGCCUACGUGUCCAGUGGCGCCAGUUGUCCAGCCUCCACGACCAGUCCUCAUCACGGAGCUGCCCCCUGCCCCAGCCCCUCUCCCAGUGCAACCACCUAUACAAGUGUGUUCGGUGAUGCCCGCCGCAACCGCUCAUGUCACUGCAGUGGCCAGUGCUCCGAUUCCUCUUACUUUGACCCACACGCCGGCAGCUGCCCUCAGACACAGCGUCCCGCACCCCGUCCUGUCUGUGCGACAUCCGACCCCUGUGGUCCCCCAAGUCGUCACGGCACCAAGCAGCCUCGUCACCCAGCGGGUGCUUCUCAGCCCGGAUAUGCAGGCACGGCUUCCAUCUGGGGAGGUAGUGAGCAUUGCUCAGUUGGCCUCCCUGGCUGGGCGACCCGUGCCCACUGGCCAGGGAAGUAAGCCAGUCACCUUCCAGCUGCAGGGCAACAAGCUCACCCUGUCCGGGACCCAGCUGCACCAGGUGCCCGUGGCACAGCCUAGGCCCCUCCAAGCCGUGACUGUUGUGUGCUCUGCAGGCAAUGUAAUGCAUCUGGUGACCAGUGGGGGGCAGCACCACCUGAUCACUCAGCCAGCACAGGUGGCACUCAUCCAUACAGUCAGUCAGGCAGGCAGCAGUGCAGCCAGCACAAGCCCAGCCCCAGCCUCCUCUGGGCUGGCCAUGCCCCUCAACGCUGCGCAAGUUCCCACUUCCAUGAUGACUGGUUCGGGUAUUGUUAAGAUCGUUGUCCGACAGGCUGGAGGUAAAGAGAUGGGGCCGGUCCCUGCCCUCGCUGUGCCGCCCUCGCCUCGCGGCUCCCUACCACAUACCCUGUCCCUGCACCCGCACACAACCAUGGCAGCAAGAGCCCCAGCCCCACAGCCGCCACCUCAGCGCCCUCCUGUGGCCCAGCCGACCCACUACGCUGCUCCGCCUCGCACCCCUACCUCAGUCCCCUGUGGCCCCCAGCCUCCUCGCCCUGUGCUGAGGGUCCUGCAGGGCCCACCAGCUGCUGCUGCCGCAGAGUCAGUGCGAGUAAAUGCCAUGCCAGCACCAGCGCCUCGUGAGGACACCAGUGAUGUGGUCACGGUUCACACAGAUACUCCCGUGUCCAAACCCAGCCCUCAGCCUGGGGGGUUCUCCUUCCAGCGGCCUCGCGCUCAGCCCCCGCCACCCCCGCGCUCACCCUUCCACAUGUCAUGGCUAGAGGAUGACCGGAAAGCCCAGCGCGACGCUCGCCUUGCUCGGAUCAUCCGCAUCAACGAGCAUCAUUGCAACGCCAAGCCUGCAUAUGGCCGUGAGGUGCUUGAAUUCCUCACCUUCCUCCCAGGCGCCGCCCCUAAACCUGCCCCACCUGCCCUUGGAGAAUGGAGCCGCUCUGGCCACAGUUCCUGUUUGCUUGCCAACUCGCAGCAGACUCGGGACCUUUGGGUCCAAAGUAAGGCCCUGAGGUCAGCAAUUCAGAACACGGAGGAAAGGCUUGCAGGACUCUCAGAAGUCAUUGACAGGUUCGCUUUUGCGAUCCCGCCUGUUGAGGCUAAGCCCAUCACCAUGCACAGCUGUCACCCUCCUCCCUCGCUCGUCCUACAGCAGGAGCACUUCCGCUCUAUGCUGACCACGGAGGUCACCCCUCUAAUUCGCCCUUUCCAUCGCAUCCAGUGCAACACGAGGACUCACUUCCCAGACCUCAGACUGAUUCAGUACGACUGUGGAAAGCUGCAAACUCUCCACCUCCUGCUGAGAAGACUGAAGACUGGGGGCCACAGAGUUCUCAUUUUCACCCAGAUGACUCGCAUGCUGGACGUGCUGGAGCAGUUCCUCAACUACCACGGACACAUUUACCUGCGGUUGGACGGCAGCACACGUGUAGAGAUGCGACAGUCCCUGAUGGAGCGCUUUAAUGCAGAUCGGCGCAUCUUCUGCUUCAUCCUGUCAACCCGUAGUGGGGGCGUGGGUGUCAACCUGACCGGGGCGGACACUGUGGUGUUUUAUGACAGUGACUGGAAUCCCACUAUGGAUGCUCAAGCCCAGGACCGCUGCCACCGAAUUGGGCAAACCAGAGAUGUCCAUAUCUACAGGCUUAUCAGUGAACGCACAGUUGAAGAGAAUAUCUUGAAGAAAGCUAACCAGAAACGGAUGUUGGGAGAUAUGGCCAUAGAAGGAGGAAACUUCACCACUGCUUUCUUCAAACAGCAAACCAUCAAGGACUUGUUUGAUGUGAAUGAGGGGGAGAAGAAGGAGGCAGAGGUUGCCCCACCUCCACCAGAGGAAGAAGAUGGCAUUAAUAAACAGCAAACCACCAUUCUGGAGCAGGCUUUGUGUAGAGCUGAAGAUGAGGAGGACAUAGUGGCUGCCUCCCAAGCCAAAGCAGAGCAGGUGGCAGAAUUGGCAGAGUUCAAUGAGAGCAUCCCGUUGGAUGAUGGCGGCGAGGGCAUGGGUCGUGAGCAGGAAGAGGAGGAGCUCUCCAAAGCCGAGCUAGAAAUUGCUGCUUUGGUGGAGCAGCUUACUCCUAUUGAGCGGUAUGCCAUGAACUUCUUGGAGGCCUCUCUGGAGGACGUUUGCAAAGAGGAGCUUAAGCAGGCAGAGGAGCAAGUAGAGGCUGCCAGGAAAGGGCUCGAUCAAGCCAAGGAAGAGGGCCUGAAAUUGCAUCAGUCGUCGGACAACGACGAGGAUGAUUACUCCCCAAGGCCAUAUACACCUGAGGAUAUGUCCCAGACGACGCCUGGUCGUCGCACACGGAAGCACAAAGAGAAAGGCGCUCCCUCUACCAGAGCCAGUGGAAGGCUGAGGGGGACUCCUGUAAAGACUGACGAUGACUCUGCCCUAUCCCCAGCGAGCACAUCAGCUCAGCUUGACGGAGCACAUGCCUCCUCGUCCGCUCUCACACCACAGUCCCUCCCGCCCAGACAAGUGCCAGACAAGCGUGGAGUGCGAGGUAGACCAGCUACCAAAGAAGUUGUGGCACCUACCACUCCUGCCCGAACAGAGACUUCCAAGACUCAAACACAGUCAAGUGUAGUCUCAACGCGGCACACAGACUCUACUAGCCCAGCUUCCCCAUUAAAAGACGUGCCCUCUAAAUCCAAAGCCACCCCUUCUCCUCUCCGCCAGAGUUUAUCCCCACCAAGCUCAGUGCCUUCUGCUGCCGGUUCCCCUGCAGCAGGGAGAUCCCAUGCUGAACACACUCCUCCUGCUGUCCAAGAGCGUGGUGAGGAGCUAAGAGGAGAGGCGCAGGCAGGUGUGUCUGGGGCACAGGUAGACCAGGCUUCAGUGCCCACUGGGAGGGAGAGGGGAGUGUCUGUGUCUUCAGGGUCUAUUUGCUCUCCUGAACAUCAGUCUGACUUAGAUGGCAGGGACGUGGAUCAGCAGAGCCAACACUCCCUCACUCUCUCGCCCAACACGGCGUCCCGCUCGCCUCGUAAACGCCAGUCUGCUGAUGGGGAGGUCCUUCGAGGGCUUCCAGAAGAUUCUCCAUCUGCCAAGGUCCUGCGAAAACUUCCUGGUCGCCUAGUUACAGUUGUUGAGGAGAAAGAGAAACAACCAAGGCGAAGGAGGAGACGAGGAAGUGGUGGUGCGGGUCACACAGAAGGGUCCUCAGAGGAAGCAGAACACACUGAGUCGGAGAGAGACACUGGUCCUUCUUUGCCAGACAAAACAAGUCAGACUUCUCGAGAUAAAGACACUCCCAAGUCACCUUCAGUGUCCAGUCCCCUUCCUCAGUCACAACAAGAGAAAGAACAAGUCUCACCUACAUCGCUCGGAAGUCCUGGAAAAGGAUACCACCCUUACUCUCCCACACAUCAUUCUCCAGAUAUGCCAGUUCUCAGGAACUUGCCUGUCCGACGCCGUCUGGAGACAGAAUCCCGUAUGGCUGCUCAGUUAGUGGAGCAGCAGGGAGGAGGAAGAGGGAGAGGGCUGGACAAAAGGCAGAGCCUGUCACCAAAUCCCCCAAGGAAACAGGACACGAGUCCCACUAAGGACCACACUGUGUCCCCAGCCACUGCAAACACUGAUAGCCCAGCACCAGUUAAGCGCAAGCCGGGGCGACCUCCAAAGCGUCCAGUUGAACAGAUAACUCCUCCAGCAACAAAACCGGUGACUAUGGAGAAAAAUGCUCCUGUCUCCCCAAAACGAAAGCGGGGUCGCCCCCGCAAAGACUCCACAAUUAAGCCAGAUGCCAUUAGUGCUGCUCAACCUUCAAACCCUCCAGCUCCUUCAAAUCCUCCACCUCCCUGUAGUCCGCAAAGCAUGCAGUCUGGUCUUAACUCACCAAGAUCCCCCUUAGCCACUCUCCAAGAGACCCCUUCAAAGAGCACUCCUGCUCACACACCACUACCUUCAUUACCUGCCAAAGCUGCUGACACCACUUCACUACCUAAACCAGACAAUGAGACCAACAACACCCUUGUCAUUUCAACAACACCUACAAGUGAUUCGCUGACCAAUGAAAUGCCAACAGCUAUGCUUGCACAGGCUAAAGCUAGUGAAUCUCAGACCAACACAACACCAGCACCAGUACCUCCUCAACCGAUAGUGAGCAAAUCUCCAUGCGUGGCAGCUUCUCCCCCCUCUGCACAACCAACCACCUCUGACCCUAAGACCACAUCCACUAUACCUGCUUUGCCCGUGGAACCCAAACCAAGUGACAUUCAUAUCCAGUCAUCACCUGCAUCUCCUUCACAACCCAAGACCAGCGAGACUCCGAUAACCUCGACACAUGAGGUUCCACAGUCCUCUCAGAGCAAUAUUCAGAAUACUGUAACCUCACCACCCCAAGUCCCACAAUCCACACCAAGUGACUCCGAGACGAAACCAACCCCAGAGCCCAAUGACUUACAAAUUGCCAUAACCCCUGAGCCCAAGCCUUCUGAUCAGAUCACACCAUCGCCCACUGAACUCCAGACCGUUCCCAUGUGUACUCCAACACCCAUAGCUACCGAACCUGAACCUCUUCCAGCAGCAGAGCCCUCCCAGCAGCCUGCUCCUGCUCUGCCAAGCCCUCAAGGUGCCCUGGAAGUACAGGAGAAACAAACAGCUGUGCUGCCUCAACAGGAAAAGACAUCAGAAAAGGAGGCAACAAACAUUGACACCAAGAAGGUCCAGAAGGAUGGUGAGAAAGAAACUGAAGAGCCAUCCCUUUGUUCCCAGUCAAAACGAAGGCGGGUGGAGAGCUUGCCAGAAGACCAAGAGUCUAUGUCUGUAGCUCCUGAGGUUAAGACGGACACUUUUCUCCCAAGUGAGGGAACUAGUAACCAAAGUGGAGACGAGAGUAAAAGAGACAAAGAUGGGGAAAAUUCCUCCGAGAAAAGAGUCAUUAGCCGACAGAGCAGCCAGGAGUCUGUUCGCUCCUCCUCACAUUCUUCCGUUUCAUCAGCUGCUAUACGUUCAUCAAAGAAGAUGAGAGAAAACAAGUCUGCAAAGAGGAAAAGAGGUGACGCUAAAACUGGAAGCACAGAGGAGGGCAAUGAUGAAAAGACAUCCAAGAUCCAGAGGCGGCGGUCCAACUCUCCUUCCUCCUCCUCUUCGGACUCUGAGGACUCCUCUUCAGCAGAAAAACGCCUCACUCGCGCAGAACGGAGGGUGAAAGAGAAGGAGAACCAGAGUGAGAGUGAUGGGAAGAGUAGCGGCAGCAGACGUGGCAGAAAGUCCAAAAAGGAGCAGGCCGUUUCCAAUGCCACUGGGGGUGAAUCUGGUAGUGAAACCUCCACAAAACGUACCCGCAAAUCCCCAGGCCUUCCCUCGACAACCCGGUCUGGCACCAACACACCUGUACCCUCAACACCACCUCCCCAACCUGAGGUUUUGGGCAAGCGUUGCUCAGCCCUCAAUGCUGCUGCCAAGCUUGUGGCCAUGAGAGGCCGGGCAGGUGAUACACCCCGCCCCAGUAACAAACCGAAGGUUGGUGGACGGCAGGAGUCCCCGUCUUCAUCUGAGAAAAGCACUAAGUUAAAAGGAAAGGGCACACAGGGGUCCCCUCAAACCAACUCCUCCGGGAGCAGAGGUGGAAGUGGCAGACAGACGCCCACAAACACUCCGCUCAACUCUCCAGACUCAAGUAAGUCUAUUUCACGGUCCACCAGGCAGCGGCCUGGCAGCCUGUUGCCCCCACUUGAUGCAGACAAUAAGAGGGCCAAGAGAGACAAGAAAAAAAACACGGAGAGGAAGGGAGAUGGAGAGGAGGAAAACAGGGAAUCUCGCUCCUCGAGAGGGCACAGCGCCUGCAGCAGCAUCAGCAGCGACCGGGGGCCCGGAAGCAGCAGGAGCCGCAGCAACAGCAGCAACAGCAGUCAGUGCACCCCUAGUCUCAGCUCCCAGAGCACGGGGCCCCAGCGCACUCGAUCCAGAGCCGCCUCCUCUGGCAGUGACACUGAGAGAGGGAAGCAGAGCCAUAGCAAGUCAGGUGAGCGGCGAGGUAGGAAGAGUCACAGGGAGACCCGCUCUCAGAAGAAGGACAAGGCUGACCUGAGCGGGGGGUCUACGGAGGGGACCCCCGACAGGGUGCUGCGCAGUGUGGCUGCUCUGGCGGCAGCUCAGGCCCGUUCCCCAGCCUGCAACACCCGUUCCUCUGCCACCAACACCCGCUCCUCUGCCAGCCGACAGCGGCAUACCAAGACAUGAUUGGGUGGAGGAGAUUUCAACACAGCAGUUAAGGGGAAUAAGGGAUGACGACCAGAGCGAAACCACAGAGGGUGAAAAACAGUGGAAUGUUUUUAACGGGUAUUAAGAUUAAAAGAGGGGGGUGAAGGGAGUCAGUUGCGGAAAGUCGCCAUUCUGUCAUAUCAGAUAAAGGGGAGUGGAAUGUCUGCUGUACAGUGCAACGAAGACUGAGCUCCCUCGCUCUCAGGUCCUCUCCUCUUCUCCCACUGGGCUGUCUUCAGCGUGGAGAUGGCCCAGAGACACAGGACUGAGGUGGAAAGGGGACUUCCUUUUCUGAAAAUGUGACAUUGCAGCCAAGAAGAAGGCGUGUCUGUACAGAAGAAAUCUCAUCCCAGAGACAUUUGGACACCUGAGGAUCAGGACAAUAGCUAAGAGUUAUUGCUAGUUCACACUAUGUACUGUAAUCAUAUAAAGACUGGAAUACUAAGAGAGUAAAAGAGAGGUUGUAGAUUGUACCCUUUUAUACAGUUUACUUCUGUUUCAAGGGUAACUGAAAAAGUUGUCUUCUGUAUUCAGAAGAUUUUUCAGCAGAGGGGGGAAAGCUUUUAUGACAGCUGGUUCUAAAAAAAAAAUGUUAUGGCAGUUUCAGUCUGUCAGUUCAUCAGUUAAGGAUAUUCUGUGGGUUUCUCCAGGGUAUGAUAAAGAGAGCAGGUCUGUAAAUGUUCUUUGCUGCACUAUGCUGGAGUUUGUCUUUGCUUGGACCUCCCUGUCUUGUGUAAUUAUUUUUUCUAUCCAUUUAUUUUAAAUCCAGCCUGCACAGUUUUUUCAUGUUGCACAUCUGAGAAAAUGUCCCAGGCGUUGGAGUGCAUUUUUUUAUUCAUCAAUUUCAAAUCGAUUACUUCCGGCCUGGUACCUCACAGUGCAGUUUUUUUUUUGUCAGCUCUAAAUAUGUGUCCUAUCUCUUGAGCUUGUGAUGAAUCUUGAAGAUAGUACUUUAUUUGUUCGCUGGUAAUGCAGAAAAUGGGAGACAAACCUCAAUAUUUUUUUCUCUUCACCUAUUAUCCAAAGUAACAGUCAUAAUGGUCAUUGUUAUUAAAUUUUAUUCUCAAUUAAUCUUGAAUCAGUGUGAUAAAAAAAAAGAGAGUGCCUGUUUUUGAGGGUGGGUGGGGAUCCUUGAUUGCCUUGUAAAAGAAAUUACAAUUAGGGUUGUGAAUAUAGGCUACUGUGUUCUGCAAAAACAGUAAGUUAAGUUACCAGAGACGAACCCCUGCUGCCAAAUUGAAA